ACCAUGUCGAACAUAGCAUUCAACAGACUCCAACGAGAAUGCAAAGAGGUCGUCACAAACUCGGAAAUCAGCGAAACCGGAAUUAUGAUCGAGAUAUUGAACGAGAAUCUCACCGAAAUCAAGGGACACAUCCGCGGUCCACCAGACACUCCAUACGCCGGUGGAAUGUUCGAUUUGGAUAUUAAGAUUCCAGACCAAUAUCCAUUCUCGCCACCAAAUGUCAAGUUCAGCACAAAAAUCUGGCACCCGAAUGUCAGCUCGCAGACCGGCGUCAUUUGCCUCGAUAUUCUUAAGGAUCAAUGGGCCGCUUCGCUGACUCUUCGCACGGUUCUCCUGUCGAUUCAGGCGUUGAUGUGCACACCGGAGCCCAAGGAUCCUCAAGAUGCCGUCGUCGCCAAGCAAUACAUGGAGAAGCCAGCAGUUUUCAAGGCCACCGCCGAGUACUGGACGACAAAAUUCGCAAAGGGAGCCGUGAAAAACGCCGGAUACCAGGCUCUCGUCGACAAGCUCAAGGAUAUGGGAGUCCGUGAGGAAGAGGCUGUCAGCGUGCUCAGCUGCAACAAUUGGGACAUCAAUCGCUCGACGGUCUACAUUUUCUCUUAAAUUCUUUUUUAUUCGAUUUUUUUGAAUUUUUUCUGUGAGCCUCUUGUCUUGAAGUUUGUGUCCUAAAAAUCCCUUAUUUCUUCCAUUUUUUUCCGAGAAAUUUUCGUCCCCAACCCCCCGCACCACUGGUAUUUCUUUUUACCAAUUCGUACCAUCCUCACCCCAAAAAAACCGAUCAGAAUAGUAGAUUUUCCGCCUGAUUUGUGUGUGUUUUGCCUAUUUAUUAUCGAUAUUAUUCAUUGAAAUUUCCCCCCUUUGACCCCCAUUUUUUUUGCAACGAUACUCUUUCCAUGAAUUAUAUUGACGGA